AAUGGAAUUCAAGCUUCAAAAUGUGAUUUUUUAGCAGUUUGCAGAAGAGCCGGAAACUGAUACAUUAUUUUUAGCAGUAAAAAACACAGCACAUGGGCAUGCAUUGACUGCUUGCCAUUGUCCUAAUCUUAUUUAUGACUUUAUGAACUCAACUUCACAUGCUUGUCUCACACCAAUAUUGUUCAGUUGAAACUUCAGUUGUUUAAAAUUGAACAAGAUGGAUGAGUUAGGUCCUACAUUAGAAGUAUCAGUUUCAUUUGGAAAGUAUGAGAAUGAUGCACUUUCUUGGGAAAAAUGGUCAUCUUUUUCACCAAACAAGUAUCUUGAAGAAGUUGAUAAGUGUAAAACAUCUGGAUCAGUAGCUCAGAAGAAGGCCUAUUUUGAAGCACACUACAAGAAGAUUGCUGCUCAGAAAAUGGAGCAAGUUGAAUCUUUAGACGAACCCCAUAUACAAGAUCGUAAUGAAAGCACACAAGUUUUCGAAACACAUGGUGUAGAGGAAACGACAAGAGCUGAUGUGAAUAAUAGUGAUUCUGUUGAUAUGAAGGUGAAUAGCUUGUUGGUUCCUAUAGAUAAGGAAGGGGAAAUCUUGGAAACAGGUGACAAUGGAGAAGUUCCCAAUCUCGAAAAACACGAAAGUUGUGAAAUAGGAUCACAAGAUAAUCAUAAAGAGAUAUCACAAGUAGAUAAUGAAGCAAAAAUCUCCUCCGCAAAGAAAAGUAAAACCCCUAAAUCAAAUCUGAAGAAUACAGCUCGAAAGGUACAUCCAACUACAGAGGACAGAAUAUCAGCUGGAACAAAGAAGAAGCUUGCAUCACCUGUGACAAAAUCUUCAAGAAUUUCCACUCCAACGUCAGAACCAACACCAGCUUCCAAGGUCAUUUCUUCAUCUCAAACAUCCGUGAAGAAGGUGAAUGGGGUGUCAUGUCAAAGAAUCAGCAAUUCUCCUGUUGCACAAAGCAAUAAAUUACUUUCGAGAUCACUCAUUUCACCAUCUCAAUCCUCGAUAAAAAAGUUGAACAGUGCAACAUUGCAAAGGAGCAAAAAUUCUUCCACACUAGAGAACAAGAGGAUAGCUCCCACAUCAUUGCACAUGUCUCUCAGUCUAGGUCCACCAAAUUCUACAGCUUCUACUAAUACAAUGAGAAAAUCUUUGAUCAUGGAUAGAAUGGGGGACAAGGACAUUGUCAAGCGAGCGUUUAAGGCAUUCCAAAGCAGUUUCAACCAAGGGAAACCCGAAUUAGAUACGAGAUAUAGUGGAUCAAAGAAGGUAUUGCCUAAAGGAUCAGAGAAAAAGAUUUCAGCUUCUCCAACUCCUAAAAAGGAGGUUGAAAGAUGAUAUACUUGUCUCGAAGGUAAGAAAAUCAUCUUCCAGAGAGGCUCUUCCUGAUCGUAUCGGCGACUUGAUCCAGCGAGCUAAUAUAGUGAACUUAGAGAUCCUUGGCCACAACCUUUUCUAGAACAAAAUGGAAGUCCAACUCAAUGUGUUCUAUCGUGGCAUUGAACACCAGUUAGCUGUGAGAUAGGUUGCUGAAAUGUUGUCACACCAAAGUCUGGGAGCUUGAGGUAAGACAAAACCAAUCUCCUGAAAUAGGCGUUGUCGCCAUGAAAUUUCGGCAGUUAAAGCAGCUAGAGCGACAAUUUUCUGCUUCUUGGACCUCCGGGAAACUAAGUUAUGACCGAGAAAUGGUGCUCCCAUGUUGAGAGAGCUGUCUGUCCAGCAAUAAUAGGAGUGGCAAUAGGCUUGGUACCUUCUAUGAUUUCUUGAAGAAGUAGAUCACAAAUAUACCAGGAAAUAGUGAAGACUGCCAAGGUCUAUAAGCACAAAAUCUGUAGAAUAAUGUGCAACCAGAUCGUGAAUGAAUUCGUGAGAGUUUCCUGUAUCGUCUAGAUAUACCAGAGCAAAGAUAACAUGGGAACCAUACUUAUUUACAAACAGGGAGGAAUCUGAGUUGGAUGCACUGAAACCAAGCUCCAUGAAGGCAGUACUUAGGUGUUCAGCUCGUAGAGUCCGUUUAAGGUCAUACAAAGCUUUGUCUUCAUUGAGGUUGCCAUGUGGAAAGGCUGUCUUGUCAUCUAAUUGUCAAAGAGACCAGCCUCUUGAUAAUGCAAUACUGAGGCUGUUUUGAUUAGUUUUAUGUUUGGCUGUGGACAGUUAUUUGAUUUGGCACUGUAUGAUGAACUGUAUCUGGCACAGAAAUCUUGAUUUCCUUUUUCAUUUAUGUCAGUGCAUACAGAUGAUAAGCAUGGUUUGAUUUGA